UUCCUAGCACCAACGGCCUCUGCUCGCAUCCUGUCCGGUGAAGAUAGCGGGCGGCUACAGAACCUAACUCAGUCUGAGGCUGCUGUAUUUCGUAAUUAAAUCAAUUAAACACUGAUUGAAAUAACUCAGACCACCGUGAAAGAUAAAGACCGAGCACAAUGAUCCGCUUUAUCCUCAUCCAGAAUCGGGCAGGGAAGACCAGGCUGGCCAAGUGGUACAUGCAGUUUGAUGAUGAUGAGAAGCAGAAGCUGAUUGAAGAGGUUCAUGCCGUUGUGACAGUCCGUGAUGCCAAACACACCAACUUUGUAGAGUUCAGAAACUUCAAGAUCAUUUACAGGCGGUACGCUGGCCUGUACUUCUGCAUCUGUGUGGAUGUGACAGACAACAACCUGGCUUACCUGGAAGCUAUUCACAACUUUGUUGAGGUUUUGAACGAGUAUUUCCACAAUGUGUGCGAAUUAGAUCUGGUCUUCAAUUUCUACAAGGUGUACACCGUGGUGGACGAGAUGUUUCUGGCAGGAGAGAUCAGAGAGACCAGUCAGACGAAGGUGCUCAAGCAGCUCCUCAUGUUGCAGUCUUUGGAGUAACGAGCCUGUCAAUCAAUCAACCACUGUUGCUGCAGGCUCCGCCCACCUCCACAGGCUCCGCCCACCCUUGCUGCAGCCAAGCCAUAUUAUUCGUUGCGUAUGGAUGUCGUCUUGCUGAAAUACAUCCACAAACAUUUCACCUUUUCUUUAAAUUUCACGUCCACGAUGAAGGAUGUUGCCAUUCUGUUUAAAUUUGCAAGUCUAUGAAACCUCCCUGGUGAUUGUCCUAAUUAUUCUUUGGCAUAGCCAGAAUUGAAUACUUCAGCAAUUUUAUAGCACAGUAGACUUCAGUGUCUCCAAGCCCGUUCAUUAACACUAACACAGAUAAUAGCAUCACGCCAGCCAAAAUCUGCCAUGGCACGGAAACGCAAAACCCAUGGGCUGCACUACUAUAUAUAAAACUUGAUUUUAUCAAAUAAAUCUUCCCCAAAUGUGUCCAGCUCAGUUAAUGAAAUAUCCAAAUCAAAUGUUAAGAGUUUGUGAAUGUUGUUUUGUAUUGUGUACAUAUACCUACAUUAUAUAUGCAUCUAUUUUAAAUGUAAAUGUUAUGAACUAACCAGUCAUUCCAGGCAUCUAAACACACUCAGUUUCUGCUCGUUGUAAUUGCAUUGAAGUCUGUUGGUUUUAUGGAGAACUCGAGCCAGCGAUUAGCGAGCGCUUUAGAGAACAAGGCUGAGUGGAAGAAUGGAACUCAGGGGGAAAAUGACAAAAGAUGGUCUACUUUUAAUUUCCCCUUUUGUGGCGCCGCUUCCCUCGCGCCAAGAGCUCUAUGGCAACUGCUCAGCCUUGAAACGUUCCAUUACAGAUCGAUUCAUGAGUUUCUAUGAGAAUCUGUCUUUAUUUUGUAUGUGUGUGUUUUAUAUUGUCUUUCUUUUUGUCCCUUCUGCCUUAGAUUAUUCUAGAUCUGCCUAUUUGUCCCUGUGAGAUUGCAGAGUAAAAGUUGAUGUAAGUGGUGUUACUCUCACGUGUGCGUUGCUGUCAGUGUAUAUAUCCAUGCAGGUGAAAUAAAGAGAAUUAAAACUA